GGGUAAACCAUUGUCUGGGAAAUUUGCAGAGUUUCGAAGCAAGUGGAUUGGAACGCAUAUCUGAUAACGAUGAAAUAACAAAGGUUAUCACCUCUUAGAAAAAAUAGAACCUGGUGAACGCUAUCAAAUAGUGGCUUUCCAUAUAACAACAAUCAGAAAGGAUGUUGACUGGUCUCAAAUUGAGGACAAAGCAGUAGAGGAUGAAACUUUAUUAGCCGUAAAGAAUUUUCUCAAUAAAAUGUUCAAGUUAACUGUAGAAAUAUUUCCUCACCGAAUAAUGUAUAAGAAUCAAGAAUCGAUAAUGGAAUGGGACGGGAUUCUCACUUGUGAUAAUAAGGUGUUCUUACUCGAAACGAAACAUAAAAUGACGGCCAAACAUAUAGAAAAUCUCAUUAAUCGAUUAAGUGAAUUCCAAAAUAAGCUCUUAAUUACAGAUAGUUUGGAAUUUAAAAAAUUGUUAGGAAACAUCAUGUUAGAGUUGCUUGCGGUACGUUAUUUACUGACGAAUUGAGGAGUAUGUCAAUAGAUAAAGGGUUAAUGGUGGUUUUUCCAAGUGGUGAUAGAUAUAAAAGUAGAGGCGCCACAAGGAUUGAUGGGUGCUAUGAAAAUUUGUACAUAUUUGUAGAACUAAUCAAUGUGUAUUAUUAGUUUCUCAUAUCAAGUUAUUUUUAAUGUUUAAUGCAGUAUUGUACGGAUGUAUCGGG